GCCUGGCCCGGGAGGAAGUCCUUGCUGGCCAGCCUGGGGAAGAGGCUGGGGCGCUGCCGGAGGGGUGAAGCAUCACCAAAGCUGUGUGGUCCGAGGAAGAGGACGGAGGGGGCAUGGAGAAGAAGGCUCUGGUCCCUGCCAGGCUGAGCAUCUCAAACCCGAUGCUGGCCUCAGAGCUGCCUGGGUCACCUGGGCCGUCGUCCGGAGGGGUUUACCAACAAGUCACCAACCUCCUGAACAUCGUGGAUGAAGAUGACCAGGAGGGUGCCGGUCUCAGCAGUCAAGAGGGUCACGGGUCCAAGAUGCGCAAGGCGCUGGCCAGCACAAUCAUCAUCCAGAAAGCUAAUGAGGAGCCCUCAGAGGUCAUGACGGUGCUCAUCCACAGCCUGCAGCUGGGGGAGAUCUCCAUCAAGCGGAAGGUCAGCAUCUACACCAUUCUCCAGGGCAUCAUCCAGCAGGAAGGGGAGCUGGACGAGGAGUGCGUGCAGACACUGGUGAACCUCGCCUCCAGGGAAAUGAGGGAGAUCCAAGAGAUCGAGGGGUACCUACUGGCAGAGACGGCCAGUGACACAUUGGUGGCUCUGUCCCGAAACCACUUUAACCUUGUCAUGUACGAGCUGCAGCACCAUCUCAAACCCUUGAUCCUGACCGAUGAGUUUGUCCUCAUCACAUUAGCCAAUUUGGCCAAUGCUAAUGUAUUUGAGUUUAUGCCCUACAUGGGGAUCACACUGGCCACCAUCUUCACCAUGCUGAGACUGGCCAGCGGGGCCAAGAUGCGCCAGGUGUUCUGCAGUGCUAUGGAAACAUUUUGUGAGGCAAUCCAAUUUUAUUUAAAGCACUGGGAGGACAGUGUGUAUCCCAUCAUGACCGGAGAGCACUUCAUGAAUAAGCUUCUGCCCGUGUACCGUCAUUUUGUCACUGUGUGGCUCCGAAGUGAGAACACUGAGGUCAAGCUGGCCGUGAUCAAGUCCCUGCACCCCAUGCUCAGUCUCCUCCUGCCCAUUGAGAAGCUGCGGGAGCAGGUGUAUGACUACAUCCCCCUGCUCCUGGCGGAGUACCAGGGCAGCGUGGAGGCUCUCUUCAUCACCCAGAUCUUGAGGCAGAUCCUGGAGGUCUCUGUCUCCAGCAACACACCAGUCCCCAAAAUGCAGCUUCACACCAUCUUUACCGAGCUGCACAUCCAGGUCUGUUCCAAGGCUCCCACCCUGCAGCAGUUCAGCAGUGAGAACCUGGCUGAAGUUGUCCAAUGCUUCAUUGCUCUGGCCUGCUCCUACCCUGAUGAGCUGAUGAAAUUCUUCUGUAACCAAAUGCAGACGGGGAAGGAGGCCAUCCGUGUGGGGACGCUUACCCUGCUCCGGGCCGUCCUCAGUGCUGACAUGCCGGAGAUGAAUAGCAGGACCCUGCACUUUGCUGUCAAGGUGGUUAGAAAUGCUCUUUGUGACCCCCGAGCCAAGGUGAAGCUGGCCAUUCUCCGGGUCAUUGGCCAGCUAGCCAUCUCUGGCUACCAGGAAAGGGUCAGAGGCUGGGGCCUAAGAUAUGUCUCCCUGCAACUUAUAUUAUCUACCUACAGGCUGAUGAAUCGUCAGGAGAGCUGUUCUCAGGCUGAUCUGGAAGAGAAGAUGGUUCAUAAGGUCACCAUGGACACUGUGAGGAUCAUCACAGCUUCCGUCAGUGGGGUGAUCAAUGAGUUUUGGUUGAAACUCUUGGGUUACAUCAUGGAGACAGAAUACACGGAGGCCCUCACCCCCAUCUGCAUCAGCCUGACCAACCUGGCCGAGCGUCAACGCCAGCAAAAAGAAUCCGGCGCAAAUGUGGGCAGACGCGGACAAGUGGAACUCCCUGCUCCUCAGAAGCUUCUGGCCCGGCUCCUGGUGCUUCUCUCGGCCCCUUACAAGGGGGAGGGCCGCGGGGUGGCCAUGCUCCAGCUGCUCAAGACCCUGCACCAGAGUAUCGCCCCCUCCAUGGCAGACCUAUGGGAAGCUGAGAUUCCUGCUCUGAUUCAGUACCUGGAAGAGCACACCCAGUAUACAUGGAACCAGAAGACCUGGGAGGACAAGCUGAUCCAGUUUCUGAGGAUCUCCCUCAAGAGGACGCAGGGGACCACAUGGAGCCUGCGGCUGAGCCAGGAGCUGAACCACCAGAUCGUCAGCUACAAGAGCCCUUCGGUGGAGAAGGCCUUCCUGUACCGGGCACUGGGCUUCACACUGGCCACGGGGCAGGAGGCUGACAAGGUGGAGACCCAGCUCAUGGAGCUGCUGCACAAGACAGAUUAUGGCAACGACUUUGACCGGGAGGGAGUGAUCCUUUGCUUGGGACUCUGCACCAGGGGCCAGGUGGUCACCGUGCUCCAUGUGCUCCAAGAGUUUGAAGAGAAAAUUCAGGAGACGGAGGAUUCCUGGCACAUUAGUGCCUGGAGGAGUGACCACCCCUGGAGGAGGGAGGUGGUGAAGAGUGCCCUCAUGGUGAUGUAUAGCAGUGUGGCUGCUCACUGCCACCCAAGGAUGCUCCUGUCCCUUGUGGAGAGGGACAUCACCAGGAAGAUCCUGCAUCACUAUGCCACCAGCUGCCAGGACAUUUCUCUGAAGCUAGCCUUCGUCCAGAGCAUCAUUCAGAUCUGUCUGGCCAUCCAGGCCUUGGGCAAAGUGGACUUUGACUAUGCCUACAAACCAGAGCUCACAGCUAACCUCAUGGUGAUCCUCAAGACAGAGCCUCUGGACACGCUGGUGUCUCCUGUGCGCUGCCUGACAAUGACUGCGCUCUGGCGCCUCAGCAAACUGAGGCCUCCUUUUACCCUUGAGGAAAACCACGAGUUGAUGGACAGGAGUGUCCAGUGCGUAAUCCCUCUCCCCCCUCCAGGAGAGGACAGUGAACAGGUCAAGACAUUGUACGAGAACUCCAUGAGUGCCCUGAUGAGGCUGAUGCAAAGCCUCCUGGAAAGAGAGCUGGACCCCAAGGGCCUCCAAGAGGCAUUCCAUCUCCUUGAGAAGUGGUUACACUCGGAGAAGGACUGGGAACGCGAGAGAGCGGUCAUGCUGAGCCUUCACCUCCUGCAGGUCUACAGGGAGGGCGUCACCAUCCUGAUUCCCCUGAAAUCUGGCCAGUUUGGCACUCUGAUCGGACUCCUGGCUCCACAUACCUGUGACUCCCAAGUGAGGACACGCCAGUCCACCAUUGACGUCAUCUGCUGCCUUCUAGACCUCCAGGCCAGGCCCUGGUCCAUACAGGACACGGUGACGGACAAGCUGCUGCUGGACAUCAAAGAUGACCUGAAGACGACCGACAUGGAGAAGAUUUACUCCCUGUCCUCCAAAAUCGCCAAGGUGAUUAGCAAGGAAGUGCGAUGGGAGGAGCUGGUCAUCCUUCUGCAGAGCACCUGCGAGAGCCUGGGGGCCACCAACCUCACCCACGACAGGGCCGCAGUCAUGUGGCUCAACACCAUUCUCAGGCUGCGGGGCCAUGAACUGGAGGACAAGGUGCCGGAGAUCUUGAGUACCAUCUUGGCACAUCUGCCCUCCGUGCUUCAUCCAGAUGUGCGUCGCCCACUGGUGAAAGCUGUGCUGUGGCUGGCCCACUCCUACCAGGAGACCGUCAUUACUUCCCUCUUGAGGCAGCCGCUGCCUCUGGACAGCAACAUCACCGAGUUGUGGGAAGCACUGGCAGAAGAUUCUACCUUUGCUCGGAAAGUCCUUCAGGCCUUGAUGGCCAGAAUCCAAGCAAAGAAAGCUCCCAGGGGCAGUCCGAUCUCCAGAAAGGACGCCUGGCGCCUGGCUGCUGUGGACCCCAUUAUGGCGGUGUGCGCCCUCCACAAGAUCACCAUGGCGCUGGACAGCGGGGAGAAGCUGCAGGACAUCUUUCCGGAGCUGUCCUGCACGGUCCUCCAGGAGCUGAGCAGCAGCUCCGGGCCGUGGCAGCUCUCACUGAUCCCAGACGCCUGGGGAAUCAUCCGGACGGGAAACCUGCAGAACAAGAUCACGCCCCGCAGGCUUACCGUCAAAACCCUGCAAAGUGUGCUGAGCCGCGCUGGGAGUGAGGAGAUGAUGUCUAGCCUGGUGGACCAGGGGGUGUGGACGCUCCUGGAGGACCCCAGGACUCACACCGAUGGAGUGUGUCUCCUGGCCAGGCCGAGGCGUGGAGGUGGGAAUGGAGGCAGUAUGAAGGUUGAAUGUAUAAUCAGGCUUGGCAGGGAUAAAAUAAUGAGACGAUGGCCUGGGUUGCUUCCUGGGGCCCAGCUCCAGAGCCAGCACCUGUUCUUCGACCACGGCCCUGCCUUCCUUGAGCUGCCCCUCUCGCUCCCCAGAGCCAUGAUCCUACACAUCAACUCGUACAGCCAGAGGUUUGCACAGCUGCUCCUCCCCGGCUUGGACUCCGAAUUCCUGCCCUGGCGUCUCAGCAGCACGGCCUUCUUCAUAGAACUCAUGUGUGACCCAGUCCUCUCCAGGAAGAAGAUGCUGAAGUCUACGGUUCCAAAGUUGGCCAAGGGGGCCAGCCACGUUCACAGCACUCUGCGCCUGCUGUCCAUACGGGCCCUGGGCAACCUGGCCGUCGGGGCUCCGAGCAAGGUGAAACGCUACCAGAAGCUACUCCUGAAAAAGUUCCUGUGCUCGCUCAGUGACCCCGUCAGUACCCAAGUGAUCUCGGAGACCAUGGUGGCGCUGACCAAGGUGCUGGGGCUGAUGGCCGAGGACGACUUGGGCUCCUCCUUCGAGGCCAUCUCCAUGCAAUGCAGGGUCUUCUUUGACGACGAGAAUGAGAUGCUUCGCUUGCAGGCCAUCAUCCUGUUUGGGAAGCUUGCCAUCUGGGCUGGGAAGAAGAGGGACUUCUUCACAAUGGAGGUCAGGAAGAGCUGGAUCCCUCUGAUUCUCCACCUGGAGGACCCCUGCCCAGAAGUGGCCAAGGCCUGUGAAGCCACCAUUUGCCUGUGCAUUCCUUUCUGGGGCUGGAGGAGACUGCAAAUCACCCUAGAGAAGUUUGUUAACGAAGGCAUUGACCUGAACCUCUUCCAGAUGGAGAUGUGCAGUUACCUGGCCAGGAAAGACCCUGUCCUCUUGGACACAUUCUGUGCAGAAGCCAUCAGCUACUAUGACAGCGAGUGGGCCAAGGUUAAGGCGGCUGCCUGUACCUUUACAGGGUACAUUCUGGAGCAGGUGGUCCCCCAGAACCUCGGAGAGAUGGACUUGGAGCGCCUGUGUCAGUGUCUCCAAGCGCUACAGAUGGACCCUGAGCCCAUUGUCCAGAAUGCUGCAAAGGAGACCCUUUCUCUUCUUCAGGCCUGGGAGCUAGAGAAGAGUGAGAAUAUCCCUGAAGCCCUGGAGGAGAACCCUGCCCCCUCAGAGUCAUAGCAGGGGGCUCCUGCCCUCUGCUCUCCUGGGAAUGCUUGCUAUGGAAUGGGACAGACCCAGAGCUCAGGGAAAUGGUCCACUGUCAUUGAAGAAAGUCUUGGCCCACUUCCCCAAGCCAGGGGCCAGCAGGGGCAGUGGUGCUCAGGGCAGGUGGGCGUCUUGGCCUUGGGUGCUCCCUGAAGGGGUGCUGGGUGGUAGAGCUGUCAACUUUCUGGCAAGGAAGGAGACAGACAAGGAUGGACGGGGUUGGAGAGGCGGCAAGUCCACCCGUGGCCAGGAGAGUCUCUGAGGGACACUGCCAAGUGUCCCCUACCAGAAGCCUCCUGCACAUUUGUCUUCCUCCUCUGCCUCUUUCUUCUUCCCUUCUCAUUCUUCUCCUUGUUCUCCUCCUCAGUGCUUUCAGGGCCCAGAAGAGGCCUCUAGGAUCCAAAAUCUCUAGGCCUGAACGGCCUGAGAUUUUAAUCUUCCAAUUGAAAUAACUCCCAUGGGGACUCCCCAGAGUCAUGACAUUUAAGGAAGACUGGCACUGAUGUGGCUCCUCUUGACUGGGGAGGCCCUGAGCUUUCUACUGCAGAGGACCAUGGUUACCACUCGUUCCCUGGCCCGCCUUGGGUCGAGCUCUGACACUGGUCCAUAACUGUGGCAGGAAGACUCCUGCCCAUAGCUGCCAACGUCCUUUGAGUCUGAGCUGCCAACAUCUGGAGGGGAUUUUGUGGGUCUUUCUCAGGGGCCUCUGGAGCACGAGUCCCAUCAGCCUCCAUCUUGGGAGGGAAGAGAAAGAGGUUUUGUCUGGUUUUUGUUUGAACUGUUGUCUUGGCAGGGGGUUCCCCUCCAGGGCCUUUCUUGGUGUUGGUUUUUCCUGAAGCUGCUUUGUUUUUAUUCUUGGUGGAUUCUAAUAAAGUUUCUU